AAAUCUUUCUUCACAAGUUGUCAUUGUGCUCGUGGAUGCCGCUCAGUUAGGAAGAGUUUCAUCCGCUUGGAUCGAUCAUAAAUUUUUUCUGUCAAUCACGUCAACAAAUAAUAAGUUUUUCCCGGCUAUGCUAGAAACGUAUUAUGGAAGGAAAGGAAAUUAAAUCUAACGACGGAUUGAAGAGAUCGUAUUUUGAAACUAAAACGCGUAUGCUUGAAAUUAUCCAAGAGAGCCUUAGAGUAAAGCUAGAAGUCAACUUAAUUAAAGAAGCUUUCUUGAACGUUCUUCAUACUCAAAACAAAUUUGAAAAAGAGACAAGACUAUCUGGCCAUCAAUCUGAUACGAUGGAGAUGGAAACCAUGUCGCCGUCACGCGCUAAAGUUCGAGCUACCUACGAUUCAAGACGAACCCGAUUGAGGACAAAGAGAAAAUCGCAGAAGUUAGAUGAAGCUGAAAAGGAAAACAUUUCUCCUCCUUCGAAACUUCAUCGAAGUUGCAGGUGUUCUAAAAAGCAAUUGACUUCCAUUAGCGAAGAUUUCUCUUUUAUGCCUAAGGCAAAAGAACAAUUACGAGAACCAACAGAUGGCGCACAAACCUCCGUAUGGACAAAUUCGUCGAAUUUCGACCCGGACACGCCGCCUUCAAUUCAAGAUAUCUCUCUUAUCUCAAAAACGUCGGCUAAUUUACGACACGAAAGAACGUCAAAUUCCAAUCUCUUCUUCGACGGAACUUUCAAUUAUCCGCUUCAUUCAACGCUUAAUUACCCUCUGCAUUCCACCCUGAACUCAGAUCAGUUCGAUGACAUCAUCGAUACCAUAGAUAAACCGAAAACGGAAGGAGGUGAAGAUGAAUUCGUUGAUAGCGUCAAAACAUUAGAUAAGGCUGCAAUUCGAAGCGACAGCUUUAAAAGUUCCACGUCAACUUCUAGAAGUUCCAAUUCGAGAAGUGGAAGCAAGAAAUUGUGUAAAGAGCAUGGCCUGCAUCCCAAAUUUGGAGGACCUUGUAUUUUUAACAAAGCGUCUCCUGCUAGUAGUAAGAAAAUUGGACUAGUAGCUACUGACUAUGACAGUUCUUAUCUUAGCGAAUGCAGCGAUGAAGACGACCUUAAUGACGACGAUAACAUUAAUCUUCCACUUCGUAUCUACGAUCCGCUAAAGGCUCGGAUGCGCAUUCUGAAAAGACAAACAGGUCAAACGUCACUUGCUAGACCAAAAGAAGCUCUUGGUCUUCAAGAGUCAAAUUUAUUUGAAUCUCCUGACAAGGCUCAUUUGUCUACAAACGCCACGUGUGCAAGUGAAGUAAAUGGGAAUGACCCGACAGCCCCUGAUAACUCUCCAAACUCUGACGAGUGUCUGCCGUCUGCCUUCCAACCUGUACCUCAUUCUAAAAGGAGAGCCUUACAGGUGGAUAGAACUAAUAGUAAUUUUCACAGGAUAAAGCGAGAUGAACGGGGUCAAUUUCGAGUUCCUGAGAUUCCUAUACCUAUAUCAAAGAAGAUAUCGACAAAGAAUGUCAGAGAAGAUAAUGACUUCAUUUAUUUCUACGAUAAAAAGGGUAGACCAAAAACGGUUUUGAGACAAACCAAGGAAUCAAAUACUAAAUUAACAAAGAGAAGGAGAAGAGAAAUUAAGAGAAAGCUCGAACAAUUUAGUUCAAAUUUUUAUGGUUCGCAGGUGCCCGAUGGCUGCAGCGAUUCCUCAUUAAGUGACACUUCGUCCAUUAAGAUUUUGGGUCAAUUAUAAAAAUGCAUAAACUGUUUCUAAGCAGAGUUUAUUACAAUUUCUUCUUUAUGGUUUCUUGAACUUUUUAUUUAUUCAUAAUACAAUCCUAGUCAAUUUUUCAAAUAGAACGCCAUCUAGUGUUUACAUUUUUUCACAAAGAAAUCAACUGCUCCUUUCUACCAUGUUUUUGGGUCAUUCAAAAGAAAUGUUUAAUUAAAUUGAUAGGAUCGAUAAAUUGUUCUCGAAAGAACAGCAGAUUGUAAUUGAUAAUGAUGACCAGGUGAACUCGAGCAGCGCGCAUUAAAUCAUGAUCAAUUAUUGAUUCUUUUGUCAGAAUCCAUUGCUCUCCAAGUAAAUCUUAUGAGUUACUUUUGAAAAAUGAAAGUCAUUCAGAAUCAAAC